CUCCCACAAUGCACCGGUCCUCGCCCUUCAACGCUCGCGUGCUAGUGUGACAGCAGCGCCUCAGACGCGUGAAAUGCGCAAGUAAAGCAGCUCAAAGUCACAGCAGCAGCCGUGAAAGUGAAAUAAAAUGUGUUCAACCGGCUUUUCUGCAAAACGGACGCCUGCAGCCUCGCGUUAGUUUGACGCGAGCGGGUUUUUAGUGUGGAUGGUGACUGACUGGCUGCCUGGCGUUUAUAUCGUCAUCAGAUUCCGGUGAAGUCGGUGUUUUUCUCGGGGUUUUACGCAGAGAGCUACAACAGGUGCUGUCAGACAGUCAGGUUUGGAUUGUGAGCCUGUGUGUGUGUGUGUGUGUGUGUGUUUGCGUGUCGGGCCGGCGAGCCCUGCGUGCGCUGGUGUGUAUGAAUGGAUCAGGUUGGCAUGGGGAACGCAGAACACCAGGGGGCGCUUACAAAGGGUGAAGUGCUGCCACGCCCGGCCUCCAGCCAAUCAGAGGGUUUUAAACAGGGUCGCUCGGUCUUCAACUCUCUGAUCUCGGGGGCGUGUGCAGGAGCUGUAGCCAAAACAGCCGUCGCCCCGCUGGACCGAACCAAGAUUAUCUUCCAAGUGUCGUCGAAUAGAUUCUCUGCUAAGGAGGCGUACAGGUUAAUUUACCGCACAUAUCUGAAGGAUGGCUUCUUCAGUCUGUGGAGGGGAAACUCAGCCACGAUGGUGCGUGUUAUUCCAUACGCUGCCAUCCAGUUCUGUGCUCAUGAACAAUACAAGAGGAUUCUGGGACAGUAUUAUGGCUUCCAGGGCAAAGCUCUGACGCCUGUGCCGCGGCUGCUGGCCGGUUCGCUGGCAGGAACCACGGCUGCCAUGAUCACGUAUCCGCUGGACAUGGUCCGAGCGCGCAUGGCCGUCACACCCAAAGAGAUGUACAGUAACAUCCUGCACGUGUUCGUCCGUAUCUCUCGUGAGGAGGGGCUGCAGACGCUCUACAGAGGAUUCACUCCCACCAUCCUCGGCGUCGUGCCGUACGCGGGACUCAGCUUCUUCACCUACGAGACGCUCAAGAAACUCCACGCAGAGCACACGGGCCGCUCUCAGCCGUACUCGUACGAGCGUCUGGCGUUCGGUGCGUGCGCAGGAUUGAUCGGUCAGUCGGCCUCUUACCCGCUGGACGUGGUGCGCAGACGCAUGCAGACGGCGGGCGUCACCGGACACACCUACGGCAGUAUCUCGGGCACCAUGCGUGAGAUCGUGACAGAGGAGGGCGUGAUCCGCGGCCUCUACAAGGGCCUGAGCAUGAACUGGGUCAAAGGGCCCAUCGCCGUCGGCAUCAGCUUCAUGACCUUCGACCUCAUGCAGAUCCUGCUUCGCAAACUUCAGCAGUUCAGCCACAGUGCGCGGUAGCAGAAAAACACAACAUUUUAUUGUUUUUUUUUUGUUUUUAACCUGAGCAAAUGCUGCCAAUGAAGAGGACAGGAAAUGCCUGGCGUCAUGUGACUAGUUUAAAGUUGCAUAUGCAUAUGUGCACUGCAAAAAUGAUUUUUUUUCUUGGUAUUUUUGUCUUGUUUUCCUGUACAAAUAUCUAAACAUUUUUAAAUUAAGAUGCAUUUACUUGAAGCAAAAUGACUCAAGAUAUUAAGUCUUGUUUUAUGAAAAUGAAUCAAAAUGAGGUGAGUUUACACUUAAAACGGGAAGAAAAUAUCUUCCAAUAAUGUCUUGCUUCAAAGGGAAAGCGAAUUCUUUUUCUUCAUCCACUGGCACAUGUUUGUUCUUGUUUUAAGCCUAAACUUACUUCAUUUUGAUGAAUUCUUCAAAAAACAACUUAUUGUGCAUCUUAUGUGUGCGUUUAGAAGUUUGUAUUGGAAAGCAAGACAAGAACACAGGUUAAGAAGCUGAUUUCUGCGGUGUGUGUUCGGAGCGAGUGUGUGUUCGGUACAGAGACACACUGAAUGUUCAUCUCUCCGUCUCAGAACGUCCUGUAAGUGCAAUACUGACUGAAAGCGUCUGCUGGAAACACUAUUUUCUUCAUCGUCCCGCUUUAUGUCUGUGUUUUCACACACAUCAGGGGAUUUGAUGAAGAUACACACAUGCAUUUUAAGUUUACAGCACAUGUGUGUGUGUGUGUGUGUGUUUGUGAACAGCAGAGUCUGUUUAUCUGUCAUGUUCAUAUCAGGGUAAAUCUCAUGAAAACAGUCAACUCGUCCAGGUCGUGUUUCACUGUAAAAUAGAAAAAAAAUUAUUAUCAUAAUUGGAAAAUAAUUUUAAUUAUAUUUGUAGAAUAUUUUCAAUUUUAUUUUACAUAAAGCGCUUUUAUUUUUUUGGCAUCAUAUUUUCACAACAGUUAAAUGCUUUUCCUCAAAAUAUGUAUUUAAAAGAAUAGAGGUACUGUACAUUACAGUAGUACUUAUAAUUUCUGGAAUUUGAAUUUCUAAUUAAAAUGAUAAAUAAUUUUUAUAUAUAUAUAUAUAUAUAUAUAUAUAUAUAUAUAUAUAUAUAUAUAUAUAUAUAAUAUAGUUGGAAAUUAAAAUGAUAGAAAUUAGAAUUACUACCAUAAAGUAUACUUGCAUUUACUUUUAUUAAUAGGAAUAAUAAAUAUAUAUAUAUGUGUGUAAAUGUGUACUUUAUGGUGGUACUUAAUUGGUCAUUUCUGUAAUUAUAAUAAUAGUUCAUAUAUAAUUUCUGUUAGUAUUUUCAUACUGUAUUUAAGAUUAUAAUUUUAAUUAAAAAUUAAUACAUAAUUUUAGGUAAUUACGUAUAUACAUAUACGUAAUACAUUUUUGCAUUAUUUUCCCCUAAAUUAUGCUUUAAUGCGCACAAUAAUAUUAUUCACUCAACUUUUUCCCCUUUAAUAUAGAAACGACAAUCCUUUUUAAUUUAUUUUGGUCUGAAAUACGAGUCAUUUCUUCAUGAGAUUCACCCUUUUUAUCCGUUAUCAUUAAUUCAGGACAGGAGAGUGACGUGAUCUGUGUGUGUGUGUGUGUGUGUGUGUGUGUGUGUGUGUGUGUGUGUGUGUGUGUUUUGCGUCUUGCACUCGUAUGUAUCUGCGGCUCCCAAGUGCCUGGAGAGAGAAAGCAAGCAUAUGAACAUAAACAUAUAACAGUGUUACUGACUGCCGUAACUAACCAGUGCUCAACUAGUUGUUUGGUUUAUGAACAAAUACCGUGUUUGGUCUUUCAUCAUUGGUGUGUUUGUUCAUUUACUGACAUGAGAGGUUUUAAAAUACUUCAUGACUCACAGUGACAGUAAUUACACUGUUCUUCUGGACCUUCAUUUCUGAACUGAAAUAUUGAUACAGUGACUCCAACAAGACUUCAAAUGUGUCUGAAUCUGACCUGUUUUACGUUUUAAACUGAACGAACCUGUUUGUGUAUCUUUCUUUAUAACAAAUGGCAUUUAUUUUGGUACUUUCUCAUCUCGUUUAGUGGCAUUCAGAUAUGUCGAAUGUGUUUUAAGACACUUCUUGGGGCCGUUGUAUCUACUCAUAAUCAUCUCAGUCUUUUCUGAACAAACUAAAAUCCCUGCUAACCUGACAAUCGCACAAAGCACAAUGAUUAUCAACCAGAUGUCUUUUAAAAUGUUACAAAUGGCAUUAAAUGCAUUUUAUACACAUUGCAGACGCCUAAUAAAACGCUGAGAUUCGUUUGAAUCGACUCAAAGAUUCGAUGUUUCGAGUCACGGUCGAUCUGUUUGUUCAUUGCAGUUUCAGUUCUGGAGUCUCUCUGUGUUUGAAAGCAGAAUUCAUGUUUAUUGAAAUGUUUCGGUGCAGAAUCUCUGAUGGGAUUCAAUGUGGAGUUCGUUACAAAGUGAUUCGUGUUCCAGUGAUUCAUUCUUGCCGCUUCAAGAGAAUCGAACAAAUCUUUCACUAAAAUGACUCGUUUGGAAGCAUCUGGGUUCAAGACUGUUGUUUGUAAAUUGAAAAGAUUUGUGCCAAAUGAAUGUAUAUUAAACUAAUGGCAUCACAA